AUGAUAUUUCCCCAACCACUCACCUCACCUUCUCGCGAGAUGCAAAACACAUCCAAGGAUUUUUCUCCUCUUCAUACCAGUUCUGAACAACGAGUCAACGUUUUGCGCGAGAGAAGUGACAGUAACAGCUCACUGCCGAGGUCUCCUGUUUCUGAACAAUCCAAAGGACCUUACAACCAAGAAAGGAGAAAAGAUAUGUACCAACCAGUCCCUAGUUUCACUCCUCAAGAGCCACUCCCAUCAAUAAACAGCCUUUUUGGUAGUGUAUCGGCUCCAACUAGACUUGCGCAAUCACCAUACUCUGACCGUCAGAGCCCGGUCUUCCCAUCAAUAUCUCCUCAAGAUGGACGAUUGCCUACUACACCUUUACACGCAGAUCGUCCCUUUGAUACAAACUUUCAGCGUCCAUCAGCAUCACGACACUAUCCACAUAGCUCCCGACCAGAUUAUCCCACACCAUCUCCUCGCGCUGGACCUCACACAUCAGGACCCAUCCCAGAAUCUCCUCGAUACGCACCUACACUCUCGCAUCACGACUCACGGCAAAGUCAAGUACAUUCGGGCAAUAAUUGGUCGCCUCGCUCGGAUGCUACUCGACAGGAUGCCUUCCCAGCUUUGAGGGCCCACCCUGACCAGUACCUACAUCAAUCUCAUGUUUCCAGAUCUGAACACGAAUCAAGGCAAAUGUAUCGGGAUCAUGCUCCAAUCAACAGGAACUACAUUCCCACCCCUGCCGGUACUGUGAUAGGCGAGCCUGUGACGGUCAAGGAUGGUCUAGGUCCAAAGAUCUGGACAGGAACUCAGUUCUUGCCUCGUUUCGUCAGGCAAGCCGAUGUUGCGGGCGAAGGACUAUGUUAUUUCUACGAUGAUGGAACCCACUGCAAGACAGUAAUUGAUGGAGAAGCUGUGAAUGCUCAUUGGGGAGUUACCAAGGCGGGGAAACCAAGAAAGCGGCUCGCGAUUGCAUGCAUCACAUGUAGGGAGAAGAAGAUCAAAUGUGAUCCAGACUAUCCUAGAUGUGUACAGUGUGAUAAGUUUGGCAGGGUCUGCAAGUUCAAGAAUGCUCCCCGAGGAGGUCAGAGCUCUCCAGAUACACCACCCGCUGACUCGGAAGAUAGUCUACCAAGACCAGGCUCUUCUUUAACGGAUGGUGAAUCUUUCAGAGUCGAGGAGCGUGAGAUGAGUCAUUCUGUCUCACCACGACAAAAUCUACGCCGUGCAAGCGCUGAAGCAGAACCACAUACUAAACGGCAGCGCAGCGGCUACAAUGAUUACACUCCUGUAGCUUCAGAAGCUUCACCGCGUCUUUCCGUUCAGGAGACAACAUCUCCGAGCACCGCGUGGGCCGAGGCAAGAAUCGUCCGAUCGAGUGAUCAUACCCUGCAGUCGGACUGGCAGAUUGACCCAUUCCACUCCGCAGAGGCAGGUCUUUCUGACGAGCUUUUGGAAGUCUUUUUUAAAUAUGCUCCAGAGACCGCUUAUUGCAUGUUUCCGAAAAAUAAAUUCACAGGAUGGGCUCGUUUUACACAGGAUAAGUCUUUAAAUGACCUUAUGCUCACAUAUGCUAUCCUUGCUCUUGGGGCAGCCUUCUCUCCGAACUCUAAACACAAGCAUUUGGGGGCAAGAUACGCCGCAAUCGCAAGACAUGCAUGUGACAGUCGCCGAGUGUGCAUCCAAUUGGUUCAGGCUCGUUUGAUUUUGGCCCAAUACUACUUUGCAAUCAACAAUCCCAGCGAUUCCUGGGAUUUCUGUGGAUCUGCAGUGAGGGCUGCUUCCGGUUUGAAGCUGAAUAUUGAGAUUGAGAAGAGUGACGACGCUUAUCUCAAGUGUUUCCCUUUCGGACUAAACUUCAGUGGAUAUGCUGAGUGCAGGAGGCGAACCUUCUGGAGUUGUUAUCUUAUGGAUAGAUUUAACGGCUUUGGCUCCGGCCAUUUGAGCAUGGUUGACCCCAAACACGUAUACCUUCGGCUACCUUGCGAUGACCAAAGCUUCGACAACCAGAUUAACGUCCAGAAUCCUCCUUUUGAGGCGUCAAACCCCCGAUCUCAAGACUAUCCACGGACCAUAGGCCCAAUGGCAUAUCUGAUAAACGUAGCAACGAUUUGGGGUGAUGUUAUGUCCAACAUUUACAGCAAUUCACAACGACCACACCCAAUAAGUGGCUCUGAGUUUGACAGCUUCUACAGAUCUAUCAUGGGUCGCCUCUCAAACUGGAAAAGUACACUACCAGAUCGCUUUGCCAUCCCAACAGAAGCGUUGGAAAGAGUGUCCGAUGCUUCGGAACUGGGUACCUACAUAACAAUGCAUGCAGUGUAUCACACGACGUUUAUGCAACUCCAUCGAUAUGUCCAUCCAUACAGUCUUGACAAUUCAUUACUUUACCGUUACAUUUGCAUAGCCGAGGAGCACGCAAAGUCUCUUCUAGAAGUUAUGAAUGUUGUAGCCAGUCGACGCGAGUCCUCUGGUACGAGGUCGCCGAGCUCAAGCACUUCCACAGAAUUCUCCUCAGCAUUCGUGGGAUAUGCAAUUAUCUCAGCAGUCGACAUUAUUACAGCCAAACCAAAGAGAGCUUCAAUACCAUCUAUCAUCAGCUCCCUUCACGGUGCACGGUCAGUUAUCAGUGAAAUUUCACAUUUCUGGCAAGCUGCAAUGACACAAGAAGCACUCAUUUCGCAACGUGUGAGUGACUUGAAUGAAAUCGACCGCAGAAACUGGUCGACUGCUGCGAAAGAAUUGAGCAAUGGGACUUUUGCGAUGAGAGAACCAUUGGAGAAAACUUUCUCUCGGGAAAAUGAUGCCAUUUAUUAA